UCUCGCGUGGUUCCUUGGUGGUGACGUCAUAGACAGUGCUUCUGGCAAAUAUAUUGUCAACGAUAAAAUAUUAGAAAUAAAAAAAAUUGAUCAACGUGAUGCAGGGAACUAUAGUUGUAGAGCUGAAAACGAAUACUUUGUGGGAAAAAACGGAAAAUAUAGCAAAUCAAUUACAUUCAGUUUAAGAAAAAAAGAAGCAAGUCUGCCCUCGUCAUCCAGAUCUCAGCAUUGGAUAUUGUUCAUCUUUAUCCCCGUUCUCAUAGCAUUCGUAGUUGUGUUAGUAAUGUAUUUCUUGAUGAAGCGUUCAACAAAUAUACAUCGCUUUGAUGACUUCAUAAAUAACACGGUAAUCAAAAAGGAUCAGAAAAAUGAGAUAAAUGCAGAACGAGCACUGGAUGAUUUUGAAAUAGUGGCUUAUCUAAAAAGAGAUUUUGCAAAAUCAGAAUAUGAAGAAGCUCUUGAUUUCGGAAACGAUAAAGAGAAAACGGUUGCAAGAGGAGAGUGCAUCAAGGCAUCUUUUAAAUCAAAUUAUAAUUCAGAUCAUGUAUGCUUCCAAGAAAUGGAGGGAUACCAUAGUAGACGUUGUACUCUAUUAUUACUAUCACGUACUUGGCCAGAAAACAUUUUAAGGAGACUUUAUCCACCUGACGAAAAAUUGAAAGAUAAAAUAAAAGGGAACUGUAAUGUGAAUGACAGCCAUGGACCAGUCGAAUUUACGUUCGAAUUAAAGGGACUUAUUAAAAAAGGUGCAGCUGCAGAAGGAUACCUUAGAUUUAAAGACGUAACUGAUGACGUUGAAGGACAAUACGUAUACUUACUGCAGAUAAAACACGAGAAACGUUCGUCUGGUGCGUUACAAAAAAUAAAACACACUUUUUUUGGAAAAACGUGCAUUCAACUCUCAAAUCCCGUUUACAGGAGCAACGUCGACAAGAAACAGUUCAUCAGUCCAAUUGGAAUUGUCCUCAGUGAUCAAGUGUAUGCAUUUGCUCUAAAAAUGGAAAAAGAAAAAAAAGAAGAACAAAGAGAAGAUAAAACAAUUUUACGCUAUAUUACGUGUGCAGGAAAACUUCAUUCUGAAGACAACAAGAUUACUAUUAGAUGGAACGAUUUUUCCAAAGUUUUACUGAAACCAGAAGAAGAGUUGUUGAGCUUCGUUGCACUACCAGGUCGGUAUCAUUCGUAUAUCUUCCUUGGAUUUAUAAAUGUAUCUAAAGACAGACGAUUGCUAGGGAAGGUGUUUUCUUUCCUGCCAGACGGAAGCUUUAAUUUAAUUAACAACAUCGUUGAGACAUUGGAAUCUAAGGGACCUGUUGAGAUUUUAAAAUUUGAUCCUCAUAGCGGUAAAAAGCUAUCAAAUGGACGAAUUAUCGUCGGUGGCUGGAUAAAACGUGGAUAUCAGAAGAGGAAACGAAUGGAUGAAUUAAAGUUAAGGUUUACUUGCUGUAAGUCUUCUAGCGGUAAACUCGACGAUGUUGAAAACCAAGCAUAUGGAUAUCAGAAGGGGAAAAGAAUGGAUGAAUUAAAGUUUACUGGCUCUACGUCUUCUAGCGGUGAACUUGACGAUGUUGAAAACCAAGCACAUGGAUAUCAGAAAGGGAAAAGAAUGGAUGAAUUAAAGUUUACUGGCUCUACGUCUUCUAGCGGUAAACUCGACGAUGUUGAAAACCAAGCAUAUAGUAAGCAAACAAAGUUUAUAAGUUAUAGGUCUGUUUUAUUAAUUAUUCAUACAAAUCCAAUAAUAUUAGCUUUUACAUACACAUUAUAAACAAACAUACACACG